AGACUUGAACGCGCAGCUCAGCUCCGCCUUUACUCACGAGCUUGUGUAAUUGUGCGCGCUCGCGCGGAGGGAAAACUCUUUAGUUCAGCGCUGCUAACUCUCCGAGCUCGCGGGAAUCUGCCCCGAGCUGCUGUAAACAUGCUCGCGCAGGUGUGCGCGGUGCUGUCCGGGCUGGCGGCGCUCGCGCUGCUGCUCAGAGUCUGUUUUCCUCACUUCUGGACGGAGGUGUUUUAUCUGAAGGACCUUCUGCUCGUGUUGGUCCGUUUUCUCUGGCGCAAAAGGCUCCGCCCACCAUUCCUGGCCGUGGAUCGGUUUGAGGAGCAGGUCGCGCGCCAGCCCGGUAGAACCUUCCUCAUGUUUGAGGGAGAAACGUUCACCUACAGCGCCGCCGACAGGCGCAGUAACCGCAUUGCGCAUGCGCUACAAGCGCACUCGUCCCUGCGCGCGGGAGACGCGGCGGCGCUUUUCCUGCGGAACGAGCCGGACUUCCUGUUCGCGUGGCUCGCUCUGGCCAAGCUGGGGUGCGCGGCCGCGCUGCUCAAUGACAACAUCCGGUCCGGGUCUCUGCUGCAUUGUUUCAGGUGCAGCGGCGCCAAGGUGCUGAUCACGAGCGCAGAGCUGCAGGGAGCAGUGCAGGAGAUCAUUGCACCUCUGGUUGAGGAUGAAGUGUGUGUGUUUGUGUUGGCGGCGGAGUGUGUGUCUGCACACAUGCAGAGUCUGACUGAGAAAAUGGAGAACGUUCCAGACUCGCCCAUCCCUCGCACACUACGAGCUAAAGUCACAUUCAACGACCCCGCAGUCUACAUUUAUACAUCCGGAACUACCGGUCUCCCUAAAGCAGCAGUGCUCAGUCAGAUGCGUCUCUUGGCUGCUCUGGCUGUGUUGGCGUCUAUAGGCGUGACAGGUAGUGAUGUCAUCUACGUGACCCUCCCACUUUACCACACAGCCGGCUUCCUUGUCGGCUUCAUCGCCUCUGUGGAGACAGGUUCCAAAAUAAUCCUAAAGCGUAAGUUCUCAGUGUCUCAGUUUUGGAAGGACUGCAGGAAGCACAAUGUGACGGUGAUCCAGUACAUCGGAGAGAUCAUGCGCUACCUCUGUAACACACCCAAGACGGAGAAUGAUAAAGAGCACAGAGUGCGUCUGGCCAUUGGGAACGGACUGAGAGCGGAUGUGUGGAAAGAAUUCCUUACCAGGUUUGGGAAGAUUGAAGUGAGGGAGUUUUAUGCGUCUACAGAGGGAAACGUGGGCUUCUUUAAUUACACAGGAAAGAUUGGAGCUGUCGGACGGGUCAGCUUCCUGCACAGAAAGCUGUUCCCAUUCGCUUUGAUUAAAUAUGACACAGUGACAGAUGAACCUGUCAGAGACGCUAACGGCAGGUGCAUCGAGGUCUCUACAGGUGAAACUGGUCUCCUGGUGGUAAAGAUAACGAAGCUGGCUCCGUUUGCGGGCUAUGCAGGGAAUCCAGAGCAGACAGAGAAGAAAAGGCUGUGGGAUGUUUUCCAGCCGGGAGAUGUUUACUUCAACAGCGGAGACCUGCUGAAGAUCGACCAUGACAACUUCAUCUACUUCCAGGAUCGAGUCGGAGACACAUUUAGGUGGAAAGGAGAAAACGUUGCCACGACUGAAGUCUCUGACAUCAUCACUCAGGUGGAUUUCAUUAAAGAGGGAAACAUUUAUGGAGUUCAGGUUCCAGGUCAUGAGGGAAGAGUCGGGAUGGCGGCAGUGACAAUAAAAGAGGGGGCGGAGUUUGAUGGCACAAAAAUGUUCGACCACGUCACAAAACACCUACCAAGUUAUGCACAACCACGCUUUCUACGAAUACAGAGUGCGGUGGAGGUGACGGGGACAUUUAAGCAGGUGAAGAAGAAGCUGGUGGAGGAAGGUUUUAAUCCUGCAGCAAUCUCUGAGUCGCUCCAUUUCCUGAGUGAGAAAGAGCGGAGAUACAUUCCUCUAACAGAACUCCUCUUUAACAGCAUCGUUACAGGCAGCGUCAGACUGUAACACAGAAUUACCUCAGUUAUGAUCUGAUUACAGAUUAGAUUCACUGUACAGACGAUUUGAUAUUUUAACUUAAUGCCCCAGGAAAUCAUUAAUCUUUGUUCUUGCUAAUUACGUUAAUCUUGCUCUUGGUGGCCACCAUAUACACGUACAAGGUACAUGCUGUGAAUAACUUUCCACUGACAAAUAAAUGGCCGAUGCAUUUUACCAAAACUUUCAGUGUAAACUAGACGGACCUAAUCUUCGGUAAAGCUUACAUAAGCUGAUGUGGUUUGCCCCGCCCACACAGCUUUAACCAAACUGGGUUCCUCUACAGUCUCUCUGUUUUCAAGUCAGAGAAUCUUACAGGGAGAAAGUUUACCACCAAACGAAAGCAAACCACCAAGCGAAAGUUUACUGCCAAGUGAAAGCUGACUACCAAGCAAAAGCUAACCACAAAGCGAAAGUUUAUCCACAAGCGAAAGUUUACCCCAAACGAAAGUUUACCACCAAGCAAAAGUUUACCGCCAAGCAAAAGUUUACCCCAAAUGAAAAUUUAUCACCAAGCAAAAUUUUAACCCUGAACAAAAGCCUACCCCAAGUGAAAAUUUACCCCAAAGGAAAAUUACGCCAGGUGAAAAUUUACCGCCAGGUGAAAAUUUACCACCAAACAAAAGUUUAACACCAAGUGAAAGUUUACUCCCAAACAAAAGUUAGUUUGAAUAUUAGACCACGGCCACACUGUUCUCAGAUAGGUCUGAUCAGCAGUUUUUAAACCGUGUUUUAUUUUAUUUGCUGGAUAUUUAAUAUAACACAAAUAUUUCUGUCAUUUUAAUAAAGUAAAUAACCUGCUUUAAAAUAUUGAUAUUAAUUGAUGAUAGUACGUUAACAGAACAAUAAUAAUCUGUGUUCUAUUCUACCCUAAAUUUCAAGACAAUCAGUAUAACUUAGUUUUUAAGUGAAAACAUCAAAUCUGUUUUUACAGUAGGUGGAGCAGAUCACAAACUAACACAUUCAGAUUUCUGCUAAUCUGAACUCAGCAGCUGUGCUUUACAAUGUGCAAAAAAAUUUAUGAUGAACGGACCAACAGAAAUGCUCCAGAUUUGUUCAAAUAAAAUCUCUUUACAUUAAUUGACAUUACAUUAAAUUAAAGUAAAGAAUGUCUUUGUUCUCUGCUCUAAUGUUACUAUUUUGGAGAUGCUUUUCUUUGGAUAGUGAUAAUAUAUUCAUCAAAGUAAAUAUGAUUAGUAAAAAGCCGCUGGCAAAUGUGUUUUUGAGGUUAAAGUAGAGGAACUGUAACAUUAAAAUCUGGGUCAUUCCACACAAGCUCACCCAGCCCUCCCAGUUCCUCUCAUGGAUAUUCUUGAAAAAAAUCAUUUGAAAACUUAUUUUAAAUUCAUGUAACUUUGCAAAGUCCUACAGGUCUACUCCAGGUACUUUUUUGAGUUAUGAAUUUUUGAAGUGUGGCCUUUUCAUCAUUUCUAUGAUUCUAUCUAUGCACAGUCUCAACCUUAACCAGCUGCUUUUUUUUACUGAACAUCUAAGAAACCCUGAGGAUAAUUUGCAACAUGUAUUCAUGUAAAUAGUUGUUGCUGAAAGUUUUACAGUAAUCAAAUUAUAAAAAUGAACAUUUUUUACCUGAAUGAAGAAUCUUUCAUUUUCAAAAAUUAGUAUCUCCAAGUUUUUACAAAAAUUCAUAACUAAAAAGUAAUUUGCUCCCAUGAAUUUAAUAGUUUUCACAUGAUUUUUUUUCAAGAAAAUCCAUCACAUGAAUUCACUUGGAAUAAGCAUUAUAUAUUAUUUACACAACAUCUGUAGUUCAUUUCUGA